AUGCCUCCACGAAUACCGGCCAGGCUGGCAUCUCAGUGCUGCCAGGCUGCGAUUGAUUCGCCUGCACGUUCAUCAAUCGUCGGUCUAUUUGCUGCGCUCUCCGUCCAGACCCGAAGCGCAUCCAUCCUCGCGAACCUGUCCGACAACCGGGGAGCGCAUCAGAAGCGCAUUCGUGUCGGUCGCGGUCCUUCUUCAGGAAAGGGAAAGACAUCCGGAAGAGGUCACAAGGGUCAAAAGCAGCAUGGACAUGUCAAGCCGUGGUUCCAGGGUGGUCAGACACCAUUGAUCUUCCAGAAAGGACGCCUCGGAUUCGAGAAUUUCCGGGCAGACGUCUUGUCCGAAGUCAAUCUCGACAAGCUCCAGGAAUGGAUUGACACGGGUCGAAUCGAUGCGACCAAGCAGAUCACACCGAAGGAGCUUAUACAGUCGAAGCUCGUUGGCACCGUCAAGGAUGGAAUCAAGCUACUCGCGAGGGGGGCCGACGGGUUGAAGCAGCCCGUCGACAUCAUCGUAUCGCGAGCGUCGGCAUCGGCAAUCGAUGCGGUGGAGAAGGCGGGCGGGAAGAUCAUCACCAGGUACUACACGAAGCAAUCGAUAAAGCGGCUGGUGCUGGGCAAGAGUGUCAACAGCGACGUGCCACUGCCGACAGGGCCAGAACACGUGGAGCCGGUGCUGGAAGCUGUCCGGCAGAAGGCGUUCACGUACCGGCUGCCGGAUCCGACUUCUCGGUGGGAUAUCGAGUACUAUCGAGACCCGGCACACAGGGGCUACAUGAGCCACACGUUGCAGCCGGGCGAGUCGCCCAGUCUGUUCUUCAGGGUGCCGCCGGCACAGUUGGCCAAGCAGAUGGAGAAGAAGAAGAAGGUUAAGCAGGAGGAGACGAAGCUUUGGGAGAAGCUAUAG